AUGGCUGAUGAGGAUGGCACCAACGGGCUUGGGUUUGACGACCCAAGCUUCGGCUUCAUAGGCGGUGGCCCCGUGUCUCUCGAUGGAAUCUCAGAUGCUCCCAACUACGGCGGCGAUCCCUCGGCUGCCUUCCUUGACGCUGGAGUCUGGCCUCUAGACGCCUCACCUCAGGCCAACUCGUACGACAUUAGCAGCAACACCACCCUCUCUUCAGCCCAGCCAGGAUACGUGUCCCCGUCCUGGCCAGCCCCAACUUUUGACCCGCGACAGCAGCAGCAGCAACAGCAGCAGCAACCCGACUCUGUCGCCUUUGGCCUACCCAACAUCGACCCUGCGUCAGUCUUCCUCCCCGGCGAACAGCUGCGAAACAUUGCCAUGCCCCCUCAUCUUCAGUACGGCUCUCCCAAGAGCGCCUCCAGCCCUGAGUCGGCCAAGACUGGAGCUGCCUCGUCGCCAGACGUCUCUGGCGGCUCUCAAAGGGAUUCCAGGAAGCGUAAGAUUCCUGCCGACGAUCUGGACGAUGACGAUCUUCUCGAGGAGGGCGGUAAGCCCAUCAAGAAGACGGCUCACAACAUGAUUGAGAAGCGCUACCGGACCAACAUUAACGACAAGAUUGCUGCCUUGAGAGACAGCGUCCCCAGCCUGCGCAUCAUGAGUAAGAGCGCCAGGGGAGAGGACACAACCGAGGACCGUGAGGAAUUACACGGUCUUACACCCGCACACAAGCUCAACAAAGCGACUGUUUUGAGUAAAGCGACUGAAUAUAUACGACACCUGGAGAAGAGGAAUAACCGAUUACUGGAUGAAAACAGCGCCAUGCACCAGAGAAUCGCCGCCUUUGAGAAGCUGUUCAUGGCUGGAGCUAUGAACGGCUCUAUGCCUCCAAUGCAGCAGCCCACACCAAUACAGUAUCCCCAAGAUGGCCAGUCGCAGCAACAAUCACAGCAGCAACAGCAACAGCAACAACAGCAGUCUCAAAUGUCACAAUCCCCGCUGGACGCUCAAGGCCAAGAAUCUAGCGGAAUGCCCAAUGGGAUGAUUGAUGUCCCAGAGGAUAUGAAACGAAUCCUCUCCCAGAUGCCCGGCCAGCCAUAUCCCGUCCCCCAGCAGCUAUUUCGGUCCAACCCGACCGUGCUGAUGGUGGGCUCGCUCGCCGGCCUGAUGAUAUUGGAAGCGGUUCGAGAAGAGGAAACGAGCAAUGAAGAGCCUCAGGGCCGCGGACUGUUUGCUCUGCCCGUGCAGCUUCUCAGGCAUAUGCCAUCUCAUUUCAAUGUAGGGUUGGCAGGGUAUCAAGCCGACAUUUCCAUUAAGUUUAUGCUUCUUUUCGGCCUUGUUUUGUGGGUUUUCAUCCCUUCGCUGUUCUCGGCAAUGGACCGAAAGCCCAAGAAGCAGCAAUCCACUGAUCUACAUCCCGCCCCUUCACUGGCUUCUCCCAUUAGUGUCCGUCGCCGCGCUUGGGAGACUGCCAUCCAAACUGUUUGGGUGCCUCAUCACAACUUCUUCCUCGAAGCGGCUGCUCUGAUGCUCAAGACGCUCAAGCUUAGCGUACGCAACGUCUUUGGUGUCCACGCCUAUCAACUGUUGACCGGGUUGACUCCUGAACAAGAAGUGGCCCGAGUCCGUGCCUGGGCUACGGCCCUCGACGCACAGCUUACCGGAGGAGAUGCGGAGAUUUGCAUGAGCCGCCUCAUCCUGACGCUGUUGGCGUCUGGCACCGUGCCCAAUACCCCCAGCGGUCUGAUGCUCAAAGCACUCCACGUUCGAGUCCUUUUGUGGGACUUGAGCCAGAAGUGGUAUCAGCUAGGUUUGGUCAACUUCUUCGCUACCAAGGUUGCACAACGGCAGUGGAACGCAGCUCGUGAUCUAAAUAACAGACUAAUCAGUGGCCUACAAGAAGACGAGAUCUUGGAGAUGCAGCGAGCAGGAUACGUCUUACCAGAUCACCUGGCUACCUUGGUCGAACAGGAGUGUGAUGCCGUUCUCACCGCCACCGUUAUUCAACGAGCCCACAAUCUGGCUUUUAACAUGGAAACAACACACAACUCGGCCCCAAUUGAUGGCAUGGACUCGGUAGUGGAUGAUACGUCGAUUGGGUCCCCGAUGGAUGCUCUCGCCGCCUGGUGGUCAACAGCCAAGGUACACGACGUUUUGACAACAACAUUGUACGGUGAUGAAGAGGCGUCGGAAGACGAAGUAAUGAACCUGGCCGUCAAAGUCGCACCACUGGGCUCAAAUGCUCGAGCACGGGCAAUCUUAGCUCGUUCUGUCCUCUCCUACAAAUCCCGCGGAGACAACAUUGCUGCUGCUGUUCAGGUUCUUCGGGUCGAUACUGGUAGCAACGGCCUGAUGGACCCCAUGGCACUAACUUGUUCCGAACCGAAUCCUUAUACCGGCCUGGCACCGACUCCUCUUCAAUCAGAGGUUGCCGAUCCCGACCUUCAGCUUUGCCUUCGCUGCGCGGUUGCUACAGCUCACCUCAAGCGACUGGGUGGAGAGUCUGCCAGCACGAAACAAUAUGUCCGCACCUCGAUCGAAAAGGUGAUUGACUUGACAACAAAAACGCGAAUGACGCUGUUGAGCUUUACGUCGGUCAUGGAAGUUUUGGAGCAAAUCCUAGCCCAUAAAGAUACUACAAACAACUUUGCACCCCUGGUGGAAAGACUAGCCGCGAUAUUGCGUCUUUGGAUGGGUAGCGAACUGGCACUAAAUUGCGGUGUAUCUCCCGACCUUCAGGAAAAAGUCAUCAAUAAAUGCCUGGGCAUUACAAAGAGGAUAGUGGGCAUGGAGGUAGAUACAGGCUACGACAGCAUGACAGACGACGAAGGAUUUCGAUGA